AAUCAAUCGGUUAAUCGAACUGAAACGAGAUGGAAUUGGUUAAUUUGCUUGGCAUUGUAUUGGUGUUCGUUGUCAAUAUAAGAGUCAGUCAGCCGGAUUAAAAAAUUUAGUUCGCCGAGAAAUUUUUAACUGUGCUAGUCUAAUCAAUAGUGAAACUAAUCAGAAACAAAAAUAAUGUCAGAAGAGGCAGCUGCACCACCCACUGACGCUCCAGCAGAAGCUCCUGCAGAAGGUGAAGCUCCACCAGCAGCUGAAGGAGAAGCGGCAGCACCAGCGGUUUUUCCCUCCGAAACUCCCGUAUUUACGCUGUUCUACUUUAACGUUAAAGCUCUAGCUGAACCAAUUCGUUUCUUAUUUGCAUAUGGUGGACAAGAAUACGAAGAUGUACGUGUCACACGUGACGAAUGGCCAGCUUUGAAGCCAACUAUGCCAAUGGGACAGAUGCCUGUGCUGGAAGUGGACGGUCGACGUGUACACCAGAGUAUCUCAAUGGCACGUUAUAUUGCGAAACGUGUCGGUUUGGCUGGAAGCACUGAUUGGGAGAAUUUAAUAAUUGAUACAGCCGUCGAUACUGUCAAUGACUUCAGAUUGAAACUUUGCAUAACUCUUGAUAUCAAUGAAGAAAUUGCCGUCGUCUCAUAUGAGCCCGAUGAUGAAGUAAAGGAAAAGAAACAAAUUACAUUAACAACAGAAGUAAUUCCAUUCUAUUUGGAGAAAUUGGAGGCCAUUGUUAAAGAAAAUAAUGGACAUCUAGCUCUUUCCAAGCUAACCUGGGCCGACGUUUACCUUGCGGGUAUCGUAGAAUAUUUGAACUACAUGGUUAAAGGUGAUAUUUUGGAGAAGUAUUCAGGACUUAAAGGGCUUGUACAAAGUGUAUAUGAUUUGGAACCAAUCAAAGCAUGGUUGGAAAAGCGACCAGUUACUGAUGUAUAAAAAAUUUCUUCUUCCUGUUUCUCUUUAGAGGAAAGAGAGAAUUUUUUAUUUUAUUUUAUGGAUGCGUAUAUUUAAUAAAUGUUUAAAGUUUA